GCUGCAGUCAUGGCUCUGUCACCGCCUUUCGAGCACGUUGGGACAGCAAAGGCACAGAUGCAGAGCAUUAUUGAGGAUAGCGCAUGCAGACAUCGACCACUGCUGCCACCUUUUGUUGAAACAGUUGUGCCGCUAACUAUGUCAGCCACUGCUAAUCGCACAGCCCUCAAUCCGGCCGUCGCCGCUGCAUCUAAUUUUCCUCCUUGAAGUUCCUUGAAGCUCGUCCUCUCACCCCUGCCCCAAUCUCCGACGACAGGUCCCACGGCGAUCUAUAUUUGUGCGUUUGAGAUGCCGCACGAGGAGCCGCUGCCGUUCUGGCUCGUCAACGUCCCGCGAGAUCAAUGGCCAGCUGAGUGUCCCGACUUUCUGAAGGAGUGCGGCGAGAAGGACAAGAGUAUCAUCGGUACGCCGGACUCACAGUACAAGAAAUUGGGUUGGGAGGAGGUCAGACAUCUGAUUAGCAUCAAUCGCGUCGACAAGUUUCACAGGGUGCCUUCCGAGCUGCGGAGGUAUCGGCAGUUCACCCAUCGACUGGUCAAGGAGUAUGGCAGCAUCAUGAACUUCAUCGUGAACGAGCGGCUGCAGUGGAAGACCAUGGCUCCGAAAGGCCAACCCUUCGAAUGCGACGACGACAUCAAGAUCUUGUACAAUGACUGGCCGUACGGCAUCGAUCCCAACAUCAUCCACCUCGUCGUCUGGACCAAGUUCGAGCUGGAUGAAGACGCAGUGACCGGCCUAUCGACUCCAGAAUCGCACCGACAGAUCGAUGACUUCGUCGCGAGGACCUUCUGCACGAAGAUGCGGCCCGCGAACGUUGCGUGGUUCAAGAACUGGAAGAGCCUGAAGAGCGUACAUGCUGUAGAGCACUUCCAUGUCAUGUUGUACGAUCCGGAUCCUGAGUUCAUCAAGGAGAUUACAAACGGCGAUGUUCCAAUGACUGCGAAGUUCCCAUAGAGCGACGUUAAUGGCCGCAGCAACUAGGGUAUAGUAGGGUAUAGAACAGGCGCUAUAGACAUGGUAAUGUAUAGAUUCCUUGCUCUCGGACUGCACAAGACUGGAUUCUGGCGCAUACAGAGGGGAAACAAACCGGUCUUGGUAGCUGGUUAUCAGGAUGAAUAAUGUUGCUGGGAGUCUGCAUAUUCGCAGACGGUGCAGAAGGAUGCCCCUCGACGUAGCGCAGGCGAAUAAAUCGCCAAUUUCUCCUGAUGAUCAGGGCAACGGCAGUUUGAUUGGGCCAACAGUUACAAUCGAUGUCAUGAUUUUCCAACAUUUUGCUCGGCACCGCGGAUGGAAUCUGGGAUCUGGAGUCCGCCACAAGUGGCGUUUGGGGUGUGGCGCAGAAGAGCC